AUGCUGCCGACAACGGCCUUGAACCGGGCGGCCAGGGCCCAAACUCUAGACGACAUCGUCAUGGGGACAAACAACAGCAGCAUCGUCUCCAAGCGCAGUGUCGAGCGCCUGUACUUUCCCAACGAACCGCACUUCUUUCGCUACUUUGUGCCCAAGUUCCAGCGGAGGUCGCCGCUCAUCAAUCGCGGCUACUGGCUCAGGCUCAGGGCCAUUGAUGUUGUCCUGCGCCACUUCAUCACGCGUUCUUUGACCAAGAAGAGGGUCAUCAUCAACUUGGGAUGUGGCAGCGAUGUCCUGCCUUGGCAAUGCAACACACGCUAUGCCUCCGCAUGCGACGGGCUGCUCUUCAUCGACAUCGACUUCCCGGACCUCAUCCUCAAGAAGCGUGCUGUUGUGCUGCAGACGCCGCAGUUGCGAGAGCUGCUUGGCGACGACUUCCAAGUCAACGACUUGGACCAGGACCGGGUGUUGCUCAAGAGUGAGCGAUAUUGCCAGGUAGGAUGCGACCUCCGGAAUCUGGACGAGCUCCACCAGACGCUUGAGACCAUUCUCCCCUUGUCCGGUUGCGAGAUGCUCUUCGUGGCCGAAGUGUCCAUCACGUACAUGGAAACUUGCUACGCCGAUGACUUGGUGCAGUGGGCCAGCUCUCUUGGCCAGGCCGAGUUCUGUCUUUUGGAGCAUCUUCUCCCCCAAGGCGCGGAUCAACCCUUUGCAGCGACGAUGCUCAGCCACCUGAACAAACUGAAUGCGCCACCAAGAGGUUGGCGGCAAGUUGAAGUCUGGGAUUUGUGGGAGGUCUGGUCGAGCGACCACUUCCUGACCAAGGCCCAAAGGGCUUUUCUGGACGAGGUGGAGCCAUUUGACGAGUGGGAGGAAUUCAUGCUCUUCGCACGGCACUACGCACUUGUCCACGCUUCGACUUCGCCCGCCAACCAAGACGGGAAAUCGCUGCCAAAUCCGACCUCGGAAAACAGACGGGAUGCCGCCGAGGUCAGCCUCGAGGUGGAAUGCCACCAGACAAAUGCCCCUAGGCGCCGUUUUGGAGAGGCCAUGACUGUCUCCAGUUCCAUGGGAAGGCAAUCCGCCAUACAUAUGAUGGGGCUCGGAAGCAACGGAAGGGCAGACUCGUCCGACGUCUACUCGCUUGGGCGGCACGACGACCUUCCAAAGCUACCUCUUAUUGGACCUCCUCCUCUUGAGAGCCAGUGGACCAUCGAAUUCAAGUCAAUAGUACCAACGCUUUCCCGACAAAUCGGGGAUCCCCUGUCACGUUUUGGUGCCAGAUGCGUCGAAUUGGGUUCCUGCACCGUAGUAUGUGGCGGCAUGGGACAGGAUCCUUCAGUCCAAGGUCGCGAUCUUGUCGUCGUCAGCAUCAGAGAUGAUGGAUCCUAUACAACUGCCCCUCUCCGCUGCCAAGACGCCGCUUGUAUGCCCUUCAUGGUUGGAUCUUCUGUCAUUGCAUGCGAGGACCGCCUUGUGAUCAUCGGCGGUGGAGCGACGUGCUUCUCGAUGGGCACAUUUUGGGAGACUGGAGUAUACAGCAUAACAGCCCACGACGGCCUCUGGCAAAUUGUCAACUGUGCGAGUCGUGGCAGCCGACCCGCCGGGCAGCCGGCCGCAAAGACAAUAGUCACAUCGGUUCCUCGAAUUCGUCUCGGCGCCGAGAAAGGAUUCGAUGAGAUUCUCGGCGAUGGCAAACCAGUGAUUAUAGAAGGCCUUGGUCUCGGAGACUGCUUGCGGAAAUGGACCUCGGACUAUUUGCUACAACAAGUCGGGGGCAACACAGAGGUGAUCGUGCACGAGUGCCACAGAGACACGGAGAAGAUGGACUUCAACUCGAAAAACUUUCGUUACGUCAGGGACUCGUUCGAGGCGGUCAUGGCCAAGAUGCAGGCCGGCGGCCGGUUGUAUCUGCGAUCAUUGUCCCACAGGAAGCCGUCGGAGCAGCCAGCCAACCUCGAAGAGGAUUUCCCAAGGUUAGCAGAAGACUUUUGUCUCCCGCCUGAACUGAACUACGUCAGCCGCAACUUGUUCAGCUCCGUCCUACGAGUGUCAGGCAGGGUGAAUAUGUGGCUUCACUACGACGUUAUGGCCAAUGUCUAUACGCAAAUUGUGGGCCGCAAACGAAUGGUUCUCUUCCCACCAAGCGAUGUAGGACAUCUUUCAUUUGCUCCCGGGGCAUCAAGCUCGAGCCUCGAUGUCUUGGCGUCGCUCGAGGCCCCGAAUCUGGCGGCGACUCGCCCGCACGAGGCCGAGCUCGGGCCAGGAGACUUGCUGUUUUUGCCGCCGCUGUGGCUUCACACGUCGGAGCCGACGUCGGACCUGAGCGUUGCCGUCAAUGUCUUCUUCCGGGACCUGGAGAGCGGCUACGCGACGGGCCGGGACGUCUAUGGUAACCGGGAUCUGGCGGCGUACGAGAAGGGGAGGCAGGACGCGAUGCGCAUAGCGAAAGGCUUCCAGCAAUUGCCGCUGGAGACUCGACGGUUCUACUUGACGCGGAUAGCCGAUGAGCUGCGGGUAGCCGCCGAGGAAGGUUGA